AUAACAGUCGAUGGAGGAUGGUCCGAAUGGCAAAAAUGGAGUCCCUGCUCGGCAACAUGUGAUGAAGGAAUCCGGUAUAGGUUACGAAGUUGUAGCCGACCGGAACCAGAAGGCUCUGGACGAAAUUGCGUAGGAGAGACUGAACAGACCAAUAUAUGUUACGUAGGGCCCUGCAAAGGACCACCAAUUAUGGUGGCCACGUUUGAUAAACAGUCUCACAUUAAGUAUGCUGCUAUGGAAACAAGUACAACUCUGCUGUACGUAGUUAUACAGUUUUAUCCUUUCGACAUGUCCGGUACCAUACUUCGACGGUUCGACAACGACGAUUGUGAUGACGAUUAUUGCAAUAGCAUUCAGCUGAAUUUGAUAAAUUUUUAUCUUAUUUUGACGGUCAACUUAGAUGGGUGCAAUGUUACGUUACAAAGUCCUUCCAUAGUAAACUUUGGAUGGAAUGAAGUUUCCUUUUCAAUCACCAAGAACAAAGUAGUCCUACAAUUAAAUAACCACCAAACUUCAACAUCUAUAAAAUGUAUGAUAUUAACUGUAAAUCUGGACCAAGUGAUGAUCAUCGGAGAAGAUUUCGAAGGUUACAUAAAAAAAUUUGAUGUGAACUUUAUACCUUACGCAUUAACCAUAAACGAUAAAUUUUCAGAUACCAUGUAUUUACCUUACACGACUUUCAACACAGUCUUCGAACUAUCGGAAGAGCAGUCGUACUCAGAUUUAUUUGACACGAUUAAGAUCCCUUGCCCGCAACUAAGAAGAAAUUGGAAGGUUUGCAAACGAAAAAAAAAAUGUUCUAUCAUAAAGUGUUUAGCAUGUUGUACACUUGUACUUAUUAUUAUGUUUCGUAUUAUACUUCAGUUAGAAUUGUACGUGAGAUUUGAAAUUUUAGCCCGCGGAAAUUUAAUUUCAAUCCGAAGCACUACAACAGAUUACAUGUCAGUAGAAAUUAAUAACGACGUAUUCAAACUUAAAAUAAAAUUAGAUGAAUACUUUAACGAAGUAUCAAUAAAGUUUGAAUACAUUGAUUCGUCUUGGAUUCAUCUGGAAAUCGAACAACACGGUAAUAGCUGGUAUUUGAGUGUAAACGACAACAAGCGUUCAUUGAUAGUACCCGAUGACAUGCUUAUUGAACUAUGCGAAAAUUAUUUGUAUAUUGGCAACUUUCAAGUCAACAUGUCGUUUAGUGAAGUAACAAUGACAAAUGAAAAUGAUGUUAUUGAGUUAAGCUGUAUUUUCAUGGAUGACCUUAUGGAUAAAGAUUUAGACGUUGUAUGGUUAACAUCUAAUCAAUUGAGUUUAUAUAGAAUUGACUGUAAUAUGUAA